CUGACAGUAGUUGUGACUUGGCUUCAGGUGGAACCAUGCGUUGUUGAUAUUCAGACUUUGUGUGUCACGUGUGGACAGUUCUACAGACAUUAUGCCGUAAUAGGUUGUUGGGAAUAGACUCAUCACUACAGUUCUCAGUGACAAAGGAAUAUACAAAAUGCGGAUUUAGCUUGGCUGUUUAAUGAACUGUUGUACCAGAAGGGCUGACAUUGUGCGAAGUUUGUGAUCAAGCUUUGGUCGGGGAAAGCUACCCGAAUCAAUAGCGUGGACUUAAGUACCUGACGAUCCUGUUUGUAGUAAUUCCGACAUUCCGUCCGUCUAUUGCCAGAUGGUCACAGAUUGGAACCAGAAAAGGAAGCAAGAAAUUCUGUUUAUCAAAUGUGACAAUGCACAGUGAAAGAGGCAUAGUUUAAAAGAUCCCCAGUACCCACUUCCAUGCCAAGGGGUUGUUUUGAAUGAACGGCAAAGGUCAAGGACCUUCCUCUGGGGAUACAGUGUGUCCAAUCGGCCUCUCCGCGUUCUCACAAUGGAAGUCACGAGCCCGAAGGCAUGUGAGAGUUUUUUCAGCCUUACAUCAGUUGCCGGCAGCCGGACCCAGCUGGUCAAGGGGAUUGAGGAAGAGAGCACUACUAGAAAAUCUUCAUCUGAAGACGUCCCUCUCAAAGAGAUGAAGAUCUCUUUCAAAGAGCUGGACCUGGAGGAAAUGUACCAUCACUACAGCAUCCAGAUCAAACAGUCCCUCAUCGUCAUGUACCUCGGACUGGACAUCGCGGUGUCCAUCAUGAUGAUCAUCAUCCAUCUGGCAAACGGAGAGGUGCACAAGAGUUCCUCCCAGACAGCCCAGGUGUCCAUACUAGGCUGUGGUGUCCUGUUGAAGGUGUUCCUCAUUGUGUUCACAAGCCUGAAGAAGAUCUACCAGCAACACACCUCCCUCCUGUCGGCUGCCGUGUGGCUCUCCAUCCUCUCACUCAUGUCCCUCUACUACAGCUUCAGCGUCCACCGCACCCCCGCAGAUGACAUGCCCGUCAUGUUUUAUAUCACCUUGGUGGGCUACAUGGUGCUGCCUUUGUCCAAGAAAUGGUCCCUGGCGGUUGGAUCUUUGUCUUUGGUCCUGGAGCUUGUGCUCUCCGGGGUCCUAUCUGACAGAUUAAUUCAGCAUCUGCCACAACAGCUUGUGUCUAAUGCUGUGAUGCUGCUGUGUGCAAACAUUGUUGGUCUGUACCACAAGUCGCUGUCCGAUCUGGCUCACCGCCGAGCAUUCCUUGAUGCCAGGAACUCUGUGGAGGCGAGCAUCAAACUGGAGAGAGAGAAGAAACAACAGGAGGAGCUUCUCAUCAGCUGCAUCCCCAGCAACCUGAUGAACCAGAUGAAGGAGGAUCUCCAGAAGCAGAUGAUGAGCAAGGCACCCAAACCCUCCCCCUUCCAGGACCUGUACGUGCAACACUACACAGAUGUCAGCAUCCUGUACGCAGAUAUUGUCAACUUCACACCACUGGCCUCCGACUGCACAGCAGCUGAACUUGUUAAAAUGCUGAAUGAGCUGUUUGGCAGAUUUGAUCAACUCGCCAAGAAGAGCAACUGCAUGCGGAUCAAAAUUCUGGGGGACUGCUACUACUGCGUGUCUGGGAUUCCCUCCGCAGACAAGGACAAUGCUGCCAACUGUGUCCGCAUGGGGCUCCGCAUGAUUGAAGCUAUCAGGGAAGUGAGGGAGGCAACUGGUGUGAAUGUAGACAUGCGUAUUGGAGUUCACACAGGCACAGUGCUGUGUGGAGUUCUGGGGCGGAGAAAGUGGCAGUAUGACGUGUGGUCUGAUGAUGUAACCAUCGCCAACCACAUGGAGUCGUCCGGAGUGCCUGGACGUGUUCACAUCUCCCAGCAGACCCUCGACAGUCUUGGGGGACAGUAUGAGGUGGAGCCUGGCAACGCCGAUACUCGGAGUCGCUUCAUCGCCGAUAACAACAUGAAGACCUUCCUUGUCGUGCCUUUCGAGAGGAGGGCAGAUGAGGAAUUAUGGGACAGAGAGAGUUUGGAGGAUACCCCAAGGAGACAGAAGCUGGCGAGGACAAGAUUUGAACACACGAUGCGAGCCUCAUUAAAAGUCACCAAGUACUUAGAGACCUGGGGUAUAGACAAACCCUUCGCCAACCUCCAGUCUACGUCCAUGGUGUCUCGAGUCCUCAGUCUCACAAGUCUGGCCUUAGUGGAUACAAAUUUCAUCAUUAAUUCAAGCGGACUGGAUCAAAGCAGUCUGUUGUCAGGAGACAUGUAUCUACAACAGGAAGUGAAGGUGGAGCUGGGUAAACGCCUUGACCAACUCGGGGGUGGGAGGUGUCUUCCGAACAACACCGAUGUGAACAGGGUGAUCCUGACGUUCAAGCAGCAGCAACAGGAACACAGUUACAUGCACCAGGCUGACCUGAUGUUCAAGUACCAGGUGGCCUGCUGUGCCCUAAUCUUCCUCUCUGUCAUCAUCAUCCAAGCCAUCAUGCUGCCCAGAGAUAUUCCGCUACUGGUAGUUGGAAUCUUGGGGGUCGUGACCUUUGGGCUUAUAUCUGUGAUACAAUUUGCCGAAGUCUGCAUUUCUUUUGGCAACAAGUUGGUCAGUGUGUUGGUCAAGUUCAGCCGAUGCAUCACCUAUAGCACCUGUCUCCGUUUGGUCAUUUCUGUCUGCUGUACCAGCCUCAUCCUCUUUGCCUCCAGUAUCAGUCUGAUUUCCUGCAAUACAGAACUUCACAUGUCGGAGUCGACAAACUCUUCCUCCAUGGUGCCAAUACUCGGUGAAAGCAGCUGUGACUAUCCACUUUACUACAUCCUGAGUUUUAUGCUGGGGCUGACAUCAUGCAGUGUCUUCGUCCACCUCAGCUUCAUCAUCAAGCUAGCCGAGAUGUCGGUGGCGCUAGUUGUCUACUUCCUCAUUCUUCAUCUUGGCAGACAAGACAUCUUCAUCAAGUUCAACAACUUGGUCAACAAAGAUACACAACCAAAUGAAAUGCAGGCCGAUUUACGGCUUAUGGCAACAGUCCAUCUGGCUAUCAUGUUCAUAGCUCUUCAUGUACUGGACAGACAGACAGAGUACACGCAGCGAGUUGACUUUCUCUGGAAGACAAGAAAGGAUCCUGAUGAGGUCAAGGUCACAGCAGCUAUCAACAAAAUCAUCCUUGAGAAUAUUUUACCUGCUCAUGUGGCAGAUUAUUUUUUGAGGUCAUCUCGAAAAAAUGAGGACCUGUAUCACAAGUACUACCCCAACGUCAGUGUCAUGUUUGCUUCUAUACCCAACUUCAAAGACUUCUACCAACAAAAUGCUGCCAACAGACAUGGCCUCGAGUGUAUACGAGUGCUCAACGAAAUUAUCUCCGAUUUUGACACUCUCUUGACCCAGUCGAGGUUUCACUGUGUGGAGAAGAUAAAGACAAUUGGCAGCACAUAUAUGGCAGCCACAGGGCUUCAACCGGGGAUGGAAGAUAAAGAGGAUUCAGUGGAGAAUGACGCAAACAUUGUGAAGAUGACAGACUUCGCUCUUUCAAUGAUAGAAAAGCUAGACAACUUCAAUCAGCAUUCUUUUAAUCAGUUCAAACUCAGGAUAGGUUUAAAUGAUGGCCCUGUCAUAGCGGGAGUCAUCGGUGCUCGGAAGCCUCAGUAUGAUAUCUGGGGUGACACUGUCAAUGUAGCUAGUCGUAUGGACAGUAGCAGCGAACAGGGGAAAAUACAUAUGGCAGAAAAGACAGCCCAAGUUUUAAUCGAGAAAGGAUAUGAACAUGAAUACCGUGGAUUAACAAGUUUGAAAGGCAAGGAGCCAAUGAAAACCUAUUUUAUACUUCCUCAUUCUGUAGUGACACACUUAUAGGAAUAAAGCACCACUGUUGCUACACUGUUAUCAAUAUUUUCAUCCUCGCUUCCAUUCCAACACAACAGACCACUCCUUAUCGAAUACACAGGCCUGUUGAUGAUGCUUAGGGAGUUCCAGAUCAUAAGGACAACAGACCACUCCUUACACUACAUACAGGCCUGUUGAUGAUGCUUGUGGAGUUCCAGAUCAUAAGGACAACAGACCACUCCUUACACUACAGACAGACCUGAUGUUUAUGCUUGGGGAGUUCCUGAUAAUAAGGACAACAAUCCGCUCCUUAUGCUACAGACAGGUCUGAUGUUGAUGCUUGGGGAGAUCCUGAUCUGAAAGGACAACAGACCACUCCUUACACUACAGACAGGCCUGUUGAUGAUGCUUGUGGAGAUCCUGAUCAUAAGGACAACAGAUCACUCCUUACACUACAGAUGGGCCUGUUCAUGAUGCUUGUGGAGAUCCUGAUCAUAAGGACAACAGAUCACUCCUUAUAUUAUAGGCAGGCCUGCUGGUGAUGUUUGUGCAGCUCCUGAUCUGAAAGGACAACAGACCACUCCUUACACUACAGACAGGCCUGUUGAUGAUGCUUGUGGAGAUCCUGAUCAUAAGGACAACAGAUCACUCCUUACACUACAGAUGGGCCUGUUCAUGAUGCUUGUGGAGAUCCUGAUCAUAAGGACAACAGAUCACUCCUUAUAUUAUAGGCAGGCCUGCUGGUGAUGUUUGUGCAGCUCCUGAUCUGAAAGGA